AUGGCGGCAUGGCUAUCCGCUGCUUAUCACCUCUGUUUCAAUUGGACGCAAGGGUCCUCACCUCACAUUCCCGCGCUCCAUACUGCGUACACCUUGACCUGCAGCUACAGACAGUCCAAACUCUGCCACAUCCCAUCUCUGUUCUCUUACAUGCUCUUUGGCAGUACUGAACACCUACUGCCUCUUCCCCGGCUCAGAGAGCAAGCGGCAGCUGUCGAAUGGGUCGAUGGAUCCUCCCCGCACGGCAUAUCGAAUCGGCCCAAGCUACUGUUCCAUGCUGGUCACGCAAGCUCACGGUAUUGUUGCAUCUUUUACAGACUCUACAUGAGCCUGCUCUACCCGUUCCCUAACACCGCGAUAACUUCCCUCGGCCCCCCACAGCAUCCAAGUGGCCUGCGCCUCCUCGAGCACAUCUCGAAUCUCCGAGCCGGUAUCGCGCUGCAAAGCCUAGAUUUCUACACCAAAAGACCCUUGAGAAAACAUGGCCGUCGCCUCCCAUCAUUUGUCAUUCCGCCCCGAGCUACCCUGAACGCCUUCCGCCCAAAUCUCAAGAACCCCCACCCACACCAACAUGACUACGGCAUAGUUCCUGCUGUCACACGUUAG